CGUUUUUUUCUUCCUUUCCCUUUUGAAAUUCUUUUUUUCUUUUCUGGCUUCCCCAGAGGCCAAGGCCGUUUCGCCGCCAUGAUGGCGCGUCGGCUUUGCAGCGUCAAUCCAGCCACGGCUGGCGCGAGACCGCGACAAUGGGUUGAGUUGAGCGGCGCUGAUCGCGAUCAGCAAAAGCGUGCGGCCGGUUUGGCCCUGGGCGAGGGCCUGGUCAGCGACCGCGUAUCCUAUCCUUUCGAAUACAAUUGAGUGACGACGGCGGGACCCUUUGGCUGGGCGGAUGGCGCUACUGUAUGGAGUGCUGCCCCGGCCGACAAGGGGAGUCCCUGCUGCAGCAUCCGCCUGCGCAACGUCCUCUCGCACUGAGCCCAGGACACAGUCGAGCGACAAAACCUAUCCUCAUUCACUCAUGUAGCUGUGUAUGCUCCAUGCUGCUGUGUCGUGUUGUGGGGUGGGAGCGAGUCCAAUGAGAGCUGCCGCCGUCAUGGCUGGUCGGUCUGUCUGCACUCCUUCAAGCCCAGUUGGCGAUUUAUCUACAUACCUAGCUGUGUAUGUACAUGUGAGUAAGUAGGCAGGCACUGUAUGGGUGGACCUGUGUGUGCAGCAGCAGCAGCAGCAAUAACGCCUGGAGCGAGCAACGCUGCUGUGCCGUGCCAUGUCGCAUCGUAUCAAAUCAUCAAUCGUAUCGUUUGAACCCUGGCUGGGCCAUGCCAUGGCCGAGAAGAAAGAAAAAAUGCAACGGAUUACGAGCAGACAGCUACCGCCCUGGGGGAUCUGCUUCGCAACGGGCUUGUCCCCGGAGUGCACGGCCGAGCACACAUGUACCCCGCUCCUAUAUUCGUCUACUCUACGCUACUCUACUCUACUCUACUUACUGCCCCCUCUGCCCUGUGCGAACGCCUCCGAGUUCCCGGCGACUUUGACCCUCGCCUUCCUCGCCCUCACCCUCUUCCCUCCAUAUCGUCACAGCGCGUGCUCGUGCUCGCCCUGCCUGUUUAUCCUCUCUUCUCUCUCUCUCCCCGUGUGCUGCCUGUGUGUCUCCUCCGCCAUCCGCAAGGCGGCUUGUCUACCAUUAACCUACCUACCUACCCACAUACUAUCCACCCACUGCCUACUUUGCUUUACACUGCAUUCCUCUCGUCGGCUCGAUUCUUAGUGUCGGCCCGGCCAAUUCUGUGGUAGCUCCGACCAAUCGCUGGCGUUGGGAGAGGGAGCUUGCCUACCAGCUCUCCGUUGCUCCCAUUGCUCAUUGCAUUGCUUGCUCUUCUUGCUUCUUGUUCCACGCCCGUAGACAUCUGCUUCUCCCUUCGAUUGACCCGUCUCAUUGGCCUUUGCUGCCAGCUCCUCAUCUUCUUGUACAAGUGCUGCGAAUUGCGCCGUCGCAGACGUAACCAGCACACAAGCCCGCCCGCCCGCACGCACUGCUGCUUGCUUGCUUGCUGUCGUCAACGCCGCUGCGCGCCCCAGCAACCUCUCCCCUCCACCCCACUACUGUACUGUACUGCACUGUACUGUACUGUACCGAGCUACUCACUCUACUCCACUGGAGCCUGCGGAACCACCCGUGGUAGCCAUCUCGCUCGCCGUCUGCGUACCAGGGCAGCACGACGACGCCGCUUUUUUCUCUCUUUUCUAGCCCAUCCGUCGCCGCCAACCACUUGGUCUGCUGUGCUCGGCUUGUACUCUUCUGCUGCUGCUGCUCCUGCUCCAACCCAACCUGCAGCACCUUACCACGCCCACUCGCCACUCAACGGCUGUCAAUUCCUGCCUACCCUGACCCUCCCCGGUUUCCUCGCCUCAGAUCUUCUCUUUGGGGCCCCCAUUGACCUUGUAAUUCCGUCCAGAGGCCAAGGCGCUCAAGGUGCGACGGUUUGCUGCAUCCGACACACACACACCCGUCCAAACACCGUCGCUGCCCGCCCACCCAGCUAGGUACCACUGCUCACUCAACCAUCGGCCAACUUCAGGUCUGUAUAAACUCGGCCUGCCAUAUACCAUCGGCGCAACAUCAUACUACGCGUGUGCGUACGAGGUAUAUUCUCUUGUUCCAGCCCUCGCCUCAAAGACCCUGCUGACGUAUGUGUGUCUUCGGUGGCAGCGUCCCUUGUCUUUGGUCGUUCUUUAUUUACCUUUGGCCCUCGCUCGCCUAGCAUCGCGAGCUUCACCUGCCCGCCAGAUACCCAGUUCCUGUCUGGGUAGUAGCACCACCAUCUGCUGCACGCUGGAUCCCGUUGCGGGGCAAAACGGUUGGACGUCACACCAACCCUUCUUUUCCUUCUCCCUUCAACAUGACAGUAGCUGCUGCUGCCGAUCCAGCCUCCAUGGCUUCUUCAUCGGGCGAUUUAAACACUCGCUCGGGUCCACCAGCGACCACCUCCAACGCUCCGACUCAACCGACUCAAGCACCGCCAGCAGAUGCUCCCCAGUUCCCUCCACCAAAGACGGACAAACCACGGCCGCACAUCUGUGGAACAUGUACUCGCUCCUUUGCCCGGUUGGAACAUUUGAAGCGACAUGAGAGGUCACACACAAAGGAGAAGCCGUUCGAAUGCCCGCAGUGCACUCGAUGCUUUGCUCGUCGCGAUUUGCUGCUCAGACACCAACAGAAGCUCCACCAAUCUGGCGCCACAUCAUCUCGCCCACGUUCAGGUCGCAGGGAAAGCACCACCGGUCUCCCACCCAGUAGUACAGGGAGGGUUCGCAAAAACUCGGUUGCGAGCAGCAUCGGCGGCCCAGGCGCCACUGGCAUAUCGUCAAUGAUGAGACCGCGUGCCAACACCAUCAGCCAUAUUGAUCCUACUGCCCUCAACAACCUGCUUGCACAGCACAAUGCACCUGUGGGGAGAGGCGGCCCGGGCCACUCACACCAUGCCAGCUUAUCGGGAUUUGCGGGACCAUCCGCUUUUGACUAUCGUGGCAUGUCAACAUCAAUCGGCCAGCACCACUCCCACCACGGCUUACCGAAAUUGGACACUCACCUUGGUAUGGGCAUGGGCGGUGGAUUGCGGACAGCACCGAUCCCGGGAUUUGGCUCCGACGACUUCGAGCUGGAAAAGUUCUUUGGUUCUACUGCAAGCUCCACAAUAAACCCCAAUCAGCUCCACUUCAACGGUGGAAUGCACAGCGCCCAGUCUCCCUUUGCCACAUUUGGCAACCCUUUCGCGAGCAACACAGCCAUUGAGGAAGAUGACUUUACAUGGAGUGCCGGUUUGGAUAAUCCACUCAUGUUUUCCGGUGCCAACGACGUGGCCGUGGACGGUUCUUCGCCUUCAGCCAUCAGUACCGCUAGUCAAAGCGGUUUUAGCGAAGCAAUGGUAGAUGGAUCUGGUCAGUCCACGUCCGCCGCCAUGUGGCACAAUCCGCUCGCUACACACACGAAUAACAUGAAUACGACGCCGUAUUCUCUGGAUGCCAUGGCUCCCGUCUUCCCGGAGCUCAUGAUGAACAACUUGUCCCCGAAGGAUCUGGCAGAGCAAGGUGCGCCUGCUGAUUUUUACAUCUCCUCGCCCCCUGCCCUAUCUACCAUGAGCCCUGCUGCGGGCAUACCGGGUAUGCCAAAUCAGUACUUCCAACCUCCAGUGGCAUUCAGUUCUGAUACCGGCAGUAUUUCAUCCUCUUCAAUGAAUGGCAGUGCGAGACAUAGCUCCGUCACUUCUGUGUCGACUGAUACGCUCACAGACGCAACGAGGCAGGCCUUGCUGUUCAACCUGUCGCAAGCACUAGGUUACGGCCAGCCCCAGCGUAAGUUUUCUCAGCCGCAGAUCAGCUCACCUUUGUCUACUUCUGCCGGCAAACUUGCGCAGCCGGCGUCUCUGCCUAGCACCAUCGACCUUCAGCGCUUUGUAAACGCGUAUAUACUGUAUUUCCAUCCCCAUCUCCCAUUCCUACAUAUACCCACUCUAUCAUUCGACACUCCCGCAUAUACAUAUCACCUCCGCGGUCCCGGGAAUCCCAAUCAUGAAGGUAUGGUGGGCGGUGGAGGCUGCCUAAUACUAGCCAUGGCAGCUAUCGGUGCUCUAUACGAAUUCGAGCAUAAUAUUGCCAAGGAGCUCUUUGAAGCAGCGAAAAAGAUGAUCCUGUAUUACCUCGAUGAACGCCGUCGAGCCGGUUUGUCCGCUGCCGUCAACGGGUCGAAUCCUUCCAAUGAUUCUGUCAAUAAACCUCCGCUAUGGUUGGUGCAAGCAAUGGCCUUGAAUCUCAUUUUCGGUCACAAUUGCGGUGAUAGGCAAGCCGCCGAAGUCGCCAGUACUCACUGUGCAGCUCUCGUUAGUCUCGCCAAAGCUGCUGGGCUGGACCGGCCCGCCGCGGACCUAGGAGGUAGCCAAGGCUCUCCAAAUGAUUCAAAUCCCAGUGCAAAUGGUUACGAAAUGGACAUGGAUGACGGCUCUCUACCUUUGGACUUUUCGCAAAAGGGCUCACAAAACGAUGGCUCCGAAGAAUACGCACAGUGGAUAAACUGGAAAAAGGUCGAAGAGCGCAAGAGGACCUACUUCGCGGUGUUCGCAAUGUCUAGUUUGCUCGUCUCCGCUUAUGCACAUGCGCCGAGAAUCCUCAACUCGGAAAUCCGCCUGGAUCUUCCCUGCGAGGAAGACUUAUGGUCGGCCGACAACCCUCAGGCAUGGGCUGCUAUGGGUGGUCCAAUGUUUGCACAGUCCAAAGGACUCUCGUUCAACGCCGCCAUGACGUAUCUGUUGGAAGCUAGUGCGCGACAACAAGCUGGACGCUCCCAGGGCACCUACCAGCAGACCUUCAAUGGCGACGUAACGAUGGCUGAUACACUGGCAAGUGAAAUACGGCCAAGCACGUUUGGUUGCUAUGUCUUAAUCAACGCGUUGCAUGUCUAUAUUUGGGAGACACGGCAACGGCAUACCGGCCGCUUAUGGAAAACCCAUGAGACAGAGGCCAUGCAUGCGCAAGUGGAACCGGCACUCAAAGCGUGGCAAUCUGCGUGGAGAGCAAACCCGAACCACAGUAUUGAACGGCCGAGCCCAUUCGGCCCAUUGUCUGCCGACUGCAUACCUUUACUUGAUCUUGCUUACGUUAGACUUUUCGUGAAUUUGACUCGCUCAAAGGAACUCCUAUGGCAACGAGACUUUGACGGGAUGUCUGCCGAAUUAGCCAGAGGAGUCGAUGUGGUGGGACAAGAAAGCACACCCGAACGAUCGUUGGAUAAUAUGGAUGUCAAACCCACUAGGAUGAGCAGUUCGCCUGGUGCUCUUGCGUCCCAAGAUAUCGAUGCCGUUGGGGAACCGAGCCCAGGACAAACCGGCAGUGGCACUGUCCAGUCCAGCCAGUCUUCUAAACGUGAGAAACAUUUACGAAAAGCCGCAUUCUACGCUGCAGAUUCACUAUCCAUGGCGGACAAGCUAGGUGCGACCUAUGCUGAGUUCACAGCUCGGGAGCUGCCUAACUCUUCGGCGAUGUGCACCUUCGAUUGCGCCCAGAUUCUUGCCGAAUGGGUGGCUACUGUCCAAGAUCGUGUUGGCCGAUUCCUUGGGGUGCUCGGCAAAGACGAAAUCGACCUUACUGCAGUGCCAGCUAUCAUGGUCCUGGAAGAAGAAGACGUCAAGUUGUUGCGGAAAUUGGCUGAUAUACUGCACACUGCCGAUAUGAAGUUGGCAUAUGAUCUUACCUCGCACAACAUGCCAAUGUUCAGUGGACUUUCGAAUCUCGCCCAUUGUGGUUAUGGAACAAAGCUUCUUAUGGUUACAGCAUACAUGCUGGAAAAAGCUGCUGUCUGGCCCGUCACUCGUGUCAUGGCCCGCGCCCUCGAAGCUCAUGCCAACCAUAUCAACCAGCGCGCCGAAGCUUCCAUUAAUGCCUCAUGA